GGGGACGAGAUGCUGACGACGACCCGCAGCUCUCCUGGGUGGCCUCGUCUCCCUCCAGCAAGGAUGUGGCGUCCCCCACGCAGAUGAUCGGGGAUGGCUGCGACCUGGGCCUGGGCGAGGAGGAAGGGGGCACGGGCCUGCCCUACCCGUGCCAGUUCUGCGACAAGUCCUUCAUCCGCCUGAGCUACCUGAAGCGGCACGAGCAGAUCCACAGCGACAAGCUGCCGUUCAAGUGCACCUACUGCAGCCGCCUCUUCAAGCACAAGCGCAGCCGCGACCGCCACAUCAAGCUGCACACGGGCGACAAGAAGUACCACUGCCACGAGUGCGAGGCGGCCUUCUCCCGCAGCGACCACCUCAAGAUCCACCUGAAGACGCACAGCUCCAGCAAGCCCUUCAAGUGCUCGGUGUGCAAACGCGGCUUCUCGUCCACCAGCUCGCUGCAGAGCCACAUGCAGGCGCACAAGAAGAACAAGGAGCACCUGGCCAAGUGCGAGAAGGAGCCCCGCAAGGACGACUUCAUGUGCGACUACUGCGAGGACACCUUCAGCCAGACGGAGGCGCUGGAGAAGCACGUGCUCACGCGGCACCCGCAGCUCUCCGAGAAGGCCGACCUGCAGUGCAUCCACUGCCCCGAGGCCUUCGGCGACGAGGGCGCGCUGCUCGCCCACAUCCACCAGGCCCACGCCCACCAGAAGCACAAGUGCCCCAUGUGCCCCGAGCAGUUCUCCUCCGUGGAGGGCGUCUACUGCCACCUGGACAGCCACCGGCAGCCCGACUCCAGCAACCACAGCGCCAGCCCCGACCCCGUGCUGGGCAGCGUGGCCUCCAUGAGCAGCGCCACGCCCGACUCCAGCGCCUCGGUGGAGCGCGGCUCCACCCCGGACUCCACCCUGAAGCCGCUGCGGGGCCCCAAGAAGAUGCGGGAGGACGGGCAGGGCUGGUCCAAGGUGGCGUACAGCUGCCCCUACUGCUCCAAGCGGGACUUCCCCAGCCUGGCCGUGCUGGAGAUCCACCUGAAGACCAUGCACGCCGACAAGCCGCAGCAGAGCCACACGUGCCAGAUCUGCCUGGACGCCGUGCCCACGCUGUACACGCUCAACGAGCACGUGCUCAAGCUGCACAAGAACCACGCCUCCCCCGCGCUGCCCUUCGGCGGCCUGUCCGCCUUCCACUGCAACUACUGCCCCGAGAUGUUCGCCGACAUCAACAGCCUGCAGGAGCACAUCCGCGUGUCCCACUGCGGCCCCGGCGCCAACCCGGCGGACGGCAGCAACGCCUUCUUCUGCAACCAGUGCUCCAUGGGCUUCCUGACCGAGUCCUCGCUCACCGAGCACAUCCAGCAGGCCCACUGCGGCGUGGGCGGCGCCAAGCUCGAGUCCCCCGUGGCGCGGCCCGCGCAGUCCUUCAUGGAGGUCUACUCCUGCCCCUACUGCACCAACUCGCCCAUCUUCGGCUCCAUCCUGAAGCUCACCAAGCACAUCAAGGAGAACCACAAGAACAUCCCGCUGGCCCACGGCAAGAAGUCCAAGGCCGAGCAGAGCCCCGUCUCCUCCGACGUGGAGGUGUCGUCCCCGAAGCGGCAGCGGCUGGCGCUGAGCGCCGACGCCAUCUCCAACGGCGAGUACCCCUGCAACCAGUGCGACCUCAAGUUCUCCAGCUUCGAGAGCUUCCAGACGCACCUGAAGCUGCACCUGGAGCUGCUGCUGCGGAAGCAGGCCUGCCCCCAGUGCAAGGAGGACUUCGACUCCCAGGAGUCCCUGCUGCAGCACCUGACGGUGCACUACAUGACCACGUCCACCCACUACGUGUGCGAGAGCUGCGACAAGCAGUUCUCCUCGGUGGACGACCUGCAGAAGCACCUGCUGGACAUGCACACCUUCGUGCUCUACCACUGCACCCUGUGCCAGGAGGUCUUCGACUCCAAGGUGUCCAUCCAGGUGCACCUGGCGGUGAAGCACAGCAACGAGAAGAAGAUGUACCGCUGCACGGCCUGCAACUGGGACUUCCGCAAGGAGGCCGACCUGCAGGCGCACGUCAAGCACAGCCACCUGGGCAACCCGGCCAAGGCGCACAAGUGCAUCUUCUGCGGGGAGACCUUCAGCACCGAGGUGGAGCUGCAGUGCCACAUCACCACGCACAGCAAGAAGUACAACUGCCGCUUCUGCAGCAAGGCCUUCCACGCCAUCAUCCUGCUGGAGAAGCACCUGCGAGAGAAGCACUGCGUGUUCGACGCCGCCGCCGAGAACGGCACGGCCAACGGGGUGCCCCCGGGCGCCGCCGCCGCCGCCGCCGCCAAGAAGGCCGAGCCGGCCGACCUGCAGGGCAUGCUGCUCAAGAACCCCGAGGCGCCCAACAGCCACGAGGCCAGCGAGGACGACGUGGACGCCUCGGAGCCCAUGUACGGCUGCGACAUCUGCGGCGCGGCCUACACCAUGGAGGUGCUGCUGCAGAACCACCGGCUGCGGGACCACAACAUCCGGCCCGGCGAGGACGACGGCUCGCGCAAGAAGGCCGAGUUCAUCAAGGGCAGCCACAAGUGCAACGUGUGCUCGCGGACUUUCUUCUCGGAGAACGGGCUCCGGGAGCACCUGCAGACGCACCGGGGCCCCGCCAAGCACUACAUGUGCCCCAUCUGCGGCGAGCGCUUCCCCUCGCUGCUCACGCUCACCGAGCACAAGGUGACCCACAGCAAGAGCCUGGACACGGGCACCUGCCGCAUCUGCAAGCUGCCGCUGCAGAGCGAGGAGGAGUUCAUCGAGCACUGCCAGAUGCACCCCGACCUGCGCAACUCGCUCACGGGCUUCCGCUGCGUGGUCUGCAUGCAGACGGUCACCUCCACGCUCGAGCUCAAGAUCCACGGCACCUUCCACAUGCAGAAGCUGGCGGGCAGCUCGGCCGCGUCCUCCCCCAACGGCCAGGGCCUGCAGAAACUCUACAAGUGCGCGCUGUGCCUCAAGGAGUUCCGCAGCAAGCAGGACCUGGUGAAGCUCGACGUCAACGGGCUGCCCUACGGCCUCUGCGCCGGCUGCAUGGCCCGCAGCGCCAACGGACAGGUGGGCGGCCUGGCCCCGCCCGAGCCCGCCGACCGGCCCUGCGCCGGCCUCCGCUGCCCCGAGUGCAGCGUCAAGUUCGAGAGCGCCGAGGACCUGGAGAGCCACAUGCAGGUGGACCACCGCGACCUCACGCCGGAGACCAGCGGGCCCCGGAAAGGCACCCAGACGUCCCCCGUGCCCCGGGUAAGUGCGGCCGCCGGAGCCUGA